CCACUUCCGUUGACAGGGCCGGAAGUUGUGGCCCGGCCCCGUCAACCCGGGCGCUGCGGACUGAGUGCGGCUGAGACGAGACCAUGGGCGGGAAGAACAAGCAGAGGACCAAGGGGAACCUGAGGCCUUCGAACAGUGGCCGAGCUGCAGAACUUCUCGCUAAAGAACAGGGGACCGUGCCUGGAUUUAUUGGUUUUGGAACAUUUCAGAGCGACCUAGGCUAUGUUCCUGCUGUUCAAGGAGCCGAAGAAAUAGACAGCCUCGUAGAUUCUGAUUUCCGAAUGGUUCUGCGGAAACUGUCCAAGAAAGAUGUCACAACAAAGUUAAAAGCUAUGCAAGAAUUUGGAACCAUGUGUACAGAGAGAGACACAGAAAUUGUAAAAGGAGUUCUUCCAUACUGGCCAAGAAUUUUUUGCAAAAUUUCACUUGACCAUGACCGCCGGGUUCGCGAAGCCACACAGCAAGCUUUUGAAAAACUUAUUCUUAAAGUUAAGAAACACUUGGCUCCUUAUUUAAAAAGUUUGAUGGGCUAUUGGCUCAUUGCCCAGUGUGACACGUACCCGCCAGCUGCCUCCGCGGCCAAGGACGCCUUUGAGGCGGCUUUCCCCCCCAGCAAGCAGCCUGAAGCCAUAGCCUUUUGUAAGGACGAGAUCACAGGUGUGCUGCAGGACCAUCUGAUAAAGGAAACACCUGACUCGCUCAGUGACCCACAAACUGUUCCAGAGGAAGAGAGAGAAGCUAAAUUCUAUCGGGUUGUAACUUGUUCGUUAUUGGCAUUAAAGAAAUUGCUUUGCCUCUUACCUGAUAAUGAGCUUGAUUCUCUGGAGGAGAAAUUUAAGUCUCUUCUGUCACAGAACAAAUUUUGGAAGUAUGGAAAACACAGUAUACCUCAGAUCCGCUCAGCUUAUUUUGAGUUAGUUUCUGCUUUGUGCCAGCGUAUUCCACAGCUGAUGAAAGAUGAAGCAUCUAAAGUGAGUGCGUCUGUUCUACUCAGCAUUGACGACAGUGACCCCGUGGUGUGCCCUGCUCUCUGGGAAGCUGUGCUGUGUACACUUGCAACUGUUGAGGACUGUUGGCUUCAUGUAAAUGCAAAAAAGAGUGUGUUUCCCAAGCUGUCGGCUGUGGUCCGUGAAGGUGGCCGGGGUCUGGCUACUGUCAUAGGUCCUUGCCUUCUGCCGCUCAUCAGCCGGCUGCCUCAGUCCGUCACAGACCCGAAGCUGGACUUCUUCAGAAACUUCCUCGCCUCUCUAGUUGCAGGGCUAUCAACAGAGAAAAUCAAAACCAGCUUCUCAGAGUGCUCAGCAGUGAUAUCUGCUUUUUUUGAAUGCUUACGUUUUAUAAUGCAACAAAGCUUAGGCGAGGAAGAGAUUGAGGAGAUGCUCAUCAAUGAUCAGUUAAUUCCUGUGAUUGACACAGUUCUCAAAGACCCAAGAUUGCAAGAUGGGCAACUGUUGGACUAUUUAGCAGAAACUUUAAGUUCUUGGGAAGCCAAAGCAGAUAUGGAGAAAGAUGAUAAAAUAGCUCAAAACUUGGAGAAAGUGCUACAGAAUUUCUGGGAAAGACUGUCAGAGAUUUGUGUUGAGAAAAUCAGUGAGCCAGAAGCUGAUGUUAAGUCUGUUUUUGGUGUAUCUAACCUAUUACAGGUCCUUCAGAAGCCGCCGAAAAGCUCACUGAAGUCAAACAAAAGAAAAGUUGGUAAGGUUAGAUUUGCGGAUGAGACAUCUGCUAGUGCCGGAGAGAGCGAGGCAUGGGUCUCCUCAGGAGGAGAGAGCAGUGAGGGCCGUGCAUCAGUGGCUGAACCUCCUGCCCCCCCUGACUGCUCAGACCUGUCUCCACUAAGGAAGAAGCCUCUGGGAGACCUGGUCUGCAGACUGGCGGAGAUGAGUAUUAAUCACGUCAAUGACCAGAAGUCAGAGCAACAUCUGAGGUUUCUUUCCACUCUGCUCAACUCCUUCUCCUCAACCCAAGUAUUUAAGAUGCUACUAGGUGAUGAAAAGCACAGGAUCAUCAAGUCCAAGCCUCUGAAAAUAGCUAAACUUGUACAAAAAAAUCCCGCAGUGCAGUUUUUAUACCAGAAACUAAUUGGUUGGCUAAACGAAGACCAAAGGAGGGACACUGGAUUCUUGGUGGACAUUUUGUACAGUGCCCUUCGUUGCUGUGAUGACGAUCAGGAAAGAAAAGAUGUCCUAGACGAUCUAACCGAGGUGGAUCUGAAAUGGAAUUCGGUUCUUCGGGUCAUUGAAAAGGCAUGUUCUAGUUCAGGUAAACAUGCUUUAGUAGUUUCUUGGCUGAAAGGAGAUGUCCUUGGAGAGAAGUUGGUAACCUUGGCAGAUCAUCUUUGCAAUGAGGACUUGGAAUCCACAGUGACUUCUGAACCUUACUUCUCAGAAAGAUGGACUCUUUUAAGCUUGGUAUUGUCCCAACAUAUUGAAAAUGAUUAUUUGAUUGGAGAAGUAUAUGUUGAACGAGUUCUUGUUAAACUUAAUGAAACUUUAUCCAAAGUAAAGAAAUUGUCAGAAGCUGAAAAUAAUGAUUCUUCAGUGUCUCUUAUCUGCAAUGUAGCCUAUGACUGUUUCAGCUCGGCGACAGGAUGCCUGCCAGUGCCGUCCUCUGAAGACUUACUGUUAACUCUCUUUCAGCUUUGUGCUCAGAGCAAAGAAGAAACACAUCUGCCAGACUUCCUCGUCUGUAAGCUGAAAAAAACGUGGCUGUCUGGCGUGGAUCUGCUGGUCCGUCAGGCUGGCCGCGCAGGUCGGCAGAGCGCUUUUCUGCGUUUGUCGGCGCUGUGGCUGAAGGACCAGGUUCAGUCGUCCUCCCUGGACAUCAAAAGUCUUCAAGGACUCCUGUCUGCUGUUGAUGAUUUGCUGAGUAAGCUUUUAGAGAGUGAAGAUGCCUCCCUCCUGGGAGUUUAUAUUGGAAGUGUGAUGCCGGACAACAGUGAAUGGGAAAAGAUGAGGCAGGCUCUUCCUAUGCAGUGGUUGCAUAGACCUCUUUUAGAAGGAAGACUGAGUUUGAAUUAUGAAUAUUUCAAAACAGAUUUUAAAGAACAAGAUACAAAGAAACUUCCUAGCCAUUUGUGCACCUCAGCAUUGUUGAGCAAAAUGAUAUUAGUAGCACUGAAGAAGGAAAUAGUCCUAGAAAAUAAUGAGCUUGAGAAAAUAACUGCAGAGCUGCUGUACUCGCUGCAGUGGUGUGAGGAGCUGGACAGCCCGCCGGCCUUCCUGACGGGGUUUUGUGCGAUGCUGGAAAAGAUGGAGAUAACGUUUGAUAAUUUACGUGGACUUGGUGAUACUUCUGGCCUUUUGCACCUGCUAUUUAACAGAUCCAUGGAACAUGGCACCCUGUGGUCUCUUAUCAUUGCUAAACUGAUCCUUUCCGAGAGCAUUUCGUCAGAGGAAGUGAAGCAGCACUAUAGGAGAAAAGAAGGAUUUUUCCCACUAACAGAAGGUAGUAUGCAUACCAUUCAAAGUCUCUGUCCGUUUCUGUCCAAAGAAGACAAGAAAGAAUUCAUUGCUCAAUGUAUACCUGCCCUUUUGGGCUGGACCAAGGAAGAUCUUUGCAGUACAAACGGGGGUUUUGGACAUCUUGCCAUUUUCAAUUCUUGUCUGCAAACUAGGAGCAUAGAUGAUGGAGAGCUAUUGCACGGGGUACUGAAGAUUCUGAUGUGCUGGAAGAGAGACCAUGAAGACAUCUUUCUUUUCAGUUGUAACCUAUCAGAAGUGAGCCCAGAGAUCCUGGGAGUCAACAUAGAGAUCAUGCGCUUCCUCUCCCUGUUCCUGAGCUGCUGCUCUUCUCCGCUGGCCGAGAGCGAGUGGGACUUCAUCAUGUGCUCCAUGCUGGCCUGGCUGGAGACGACGUGUGAGAACCAUGCGCUGUGUUCUGUGCCCCUGGUGCAGCUGUUCGCCUGUGUCAGCUGUGAUUUGGCCUGUGAGCUCAGUGCUUUUUUCGAUUCCACAACUCUGGACACUGUUGGCAACCUUUCUGCAAAUCUGAUCAGUGAAUGGAAAGAAUUUUUUUCCCAAGGCAUCCACAGUUUGCUUUUACCUCUUUUGGUGACUGUUACAGGAGAAAGCAGAGAUACAUCUGAAACGUCCUUUCAGAAUGCAAUGCUGAAGCCCAUGUGUGAAACAUUAACGUACAUCCCAAAGGAUCAGCUGUUGGGUCACAGACUCCCUUCAAGGUUGGUUGCUGGCCAGAGGACCAACUUGCCGGAACAUCUUCAGACCUUGCUGAACACGCUGGCCCCCUUGCUGCUCUUCAGAGCCCGGCCCGUGCAGAUCGCUGUUUAUCACAUGCUCUACAAGCUGAUGCCGGAGCUGCCACAGUACGAUCAGGACAAUCUGAAGUCAGAUGGAGACGAAGAGGAGGAGCCGGCCCUGUCCCCACCAGCAGCACUGAUGUCUCUCCUCCGCUCUCAAGAGGACCUGCUCGAGAGCAUCCUGGGGUGCGUCCCCGUCGGGCAGAUAGUGACGAUCAAGCCCCUGAGUGAAGACUUCUGUUGUGUUCUGGGCUACCUCCUCACUUGGAAGUUGAUUCUCACUUUCUUCAAAGCCUCUUCAUCUCAGCUUCGGGCUCUGUAUUCAAUGUACCUCCGGAAAACAAAAAGUUUAAGUAAACUGCUCUAUCACCUGUUCAGGCUCAUGCCGGAAAACCCGACCUGUGCGGGCAUGGCUCCUGAGCUCGCCAACAAGGAGCCCAAGACCUUCUUCACAGAAGAGCUUCAGCUGAGCAUCAGAGAAAUGACCACUCUUCCGUACCAUAUCCCGCACUUGGCUUGUUCAGUCUAUCACAUGACGCUGAAGGACCUGCCUGCGAUGGUCCGGCUGUGGUGGAACAGCAGUGAGAAGCGUGUGUUCAAUAUUGUAGAUCGAUUCACAAGCAAGUACGUCAGCAGUGUUCUUUCUUUUCAAGAAAUAUCUUCUGUGCAAACAAGUACACAACUAUUUAAUGGCAUGACGGUUAAAGCUCGAGCUGCUACUCGAGAAGUGAUGGCUACUUACACCAUCGAAGACAUAGUCAUCGAGCUGGUGAUCCAGCUGCCUCCCAAUUACCCGCUGGGCUGCAUCGCAGUGGAGAGUGGGCGGCGAGUAGGGGUGGCCGUGCAGCAGUGGCGGAACUGGAUGCUGCAGCUGAGCACCUACCUGACCCACCAGAAUGGAAGCAUCAUGGAAGGCCUCGCGCUGUGGAAGAACAAUGUGGACAAGCGCUUUGAGGGAGUUGAGGACUGCAUGAUCUGCUUUUCCGUCAUCCAUGGCUUCAACUACUCUCUUCCCAAAAAAGCAUGUCGAACAUGCAAGAAGAAGUUCCAUUCAGCCUGCUUGUACAAAUGGUUUACAUCCAGCAACAAAUCCACCUGUCCACUCUGCCGUGAGACCUUCUUCUAAGACUUUUCCCCACUGGAAGUGACCACUGAAGUACAGCAAAGGCAGUGGGCUUGGAUCCACCUCUGAGUGUCGUUGCGAGGAGCCCAGUGGGCAUCACUUCAAGUAGGACCUGCUCUGGGAAGGUACUUGGUUAGUGCAAGGGUCCUGGUGAGUCUGCUCAGCCUUGUGAAUGUCCGGAAGUCUUUCCUUUGACAUAGGAGUAGUACAUCAUCGAGAAAAAAGAUUUAUAUUAAUAGUGUAGUAUCUUUGUAUAGUUAAAAAUAAAAAUGGAAACCUCUAAAUUACAGAUUUUGAAUUUGUGAAAGCAUUGCAUUGAUCUGUGUUGUAGAGCAGGCCAAUGAGGGAGAUGAAUUGAGAGGGGUGAUGUAUACCUAUCAAUUUUUUAAGACUCAUUUAUUAGUUAUGACAACAAAAUUAAUUAGUAUUCUGAUAUUUGUAGAUUAUUUUAAUGAUAAAAAUGAUGAAGCUGUUCCUCUAGCUUCUCUUGAGCUCUGAAGCCCUACAUGCAGGAGUGUCCACUGCACUUCACAUGCUCCGUCCGUGAGGGUGACAUUCAGAGAACUGAACCGAUGAACUGACUCUGCAUGUGCUGCUGAAAUCUGAACGCAGACUUGUCAGUGAAUUUAUUCCUCAGUUGAGUGAGUCUCCAGAGUGAGAAUUGAGAGAACAGGAGUUAGAUGAUUUCAUUCUUGAAGCGGAGUGGCAGUUACCCUCUAUAGAGAGGAAGGAAAUAAAUAGUUCUUAAAUUUAAGAUUGGGGGGAAAAACACCAAAAAAAAUUUUAAUGCUGUAGACAGCUUUCCAUUUUAUAAGUGAAUUUUGCUGUUAUUAACUGGCCAAAAUUACAUGAAAUUAAACUUAGGAAGCCGAUUUUUACAGCCAAGGUAAGGGUUUUAGUACCAAGUGAAAUGGAAUGUAACAGUGCAGUGGAGUAGGGGAGCCUGCCUUUGGCCACAGCACUGUUACCCUGAAAAACUGUGCCCGGAAUAUGGAGUGUGGACGUCUGGAACUUGUGCAAAUAUUUAAUUGGCAAUUCAUGUUAAAUAAAACUGCUUACCAUCAAAUGGGUAGAAUGGUGAUCACUGAAGUAUGAGUGUGGUCAGAACGCUGCGGUCAAGACGAGUGUCCCAGCAGUGAGCUCCAGGGCUCCGGAGUCUCAGCUGUCAGUGCGGGUCCCACCCCCUUCUGCCUGCCUCCGGUUUCUUCUGCAGCGUUUGUCUCACAGCCUCGAGCUCAGAGAGUCCCGUAAGUACAGAUAGCAAAAUUCUCUACCUCUUACCCCUUUCUUAAACCAGCCUCUCUUCCUGUGUCUCUGACAGCAGUCCCAAAGGAUGGUGUUACUUCUCUGUGAAAGUUACACCCUUUGUCCUUAAACAUUGUUUUCUAAUGAGAGUUUUGUUUAUAACUUCUCUAGUGUUGGUGCUUUGGCUUCUGAUCCAGACCCCAGGCAGGAAAGGGAAGGGGUGAGGAGCAGUGUUUCCACAGUAAGAGUCCAGUUUCAGGCUCCUGUGAGCCCCGUGACUGAGUGGGUGCCACUCCUCACACGCAGGGAUCUUAGCACAUUUCUCUGAGUUGUAAUA